AUGUUUAUCUCGGAGCUGAGCCACAAAUGCGAACAGGCGCUUUCAGACGCAUGCGCAGACGCUUUGUCCAAGACCGAAAUCCAUGACGGAGUGGAGGAUAAUCAGGCAGCAACUCAGGAUCAUACGUUGGCCAGCCGAGAGCAGCUACUUAUCGCCAUCAAAAAGGAGCAAGGGCGUUUUCGAGUAUGGGCGAGCAACAUCGGUGCCCUCCGGGACCCGAGAUCAUUGAGCUCCUUGGAUUCACGGCUCCACGACGCCACCAAAGUCCGGAGUGCGAUAACCUCCAUUCUUGAAGGCCUCUUGGCAUCUCUCAGCAGAGCCCGGAUGAUUCUGUCUGGAGAUCUCCCCAACAGAACCGCCGCCAUCGAGGCGACGGACGAAGGCGUCAGUCCAGGUAUAAAGACCGAACUAAGUGAGUUAAUUCUCAGUCUCGGCUUUUCAAUCACGGACUUGUUCCGUUAUUCUGUAUUCCUUCGGCGACAACAACCGCGUGGUCGAGAAGCACCCUCUGGUGGCGAGCUACCGUCGCCUGACUCAUCGCUUGAUAUCAGACAUACGAAAGACAAGUUCCCGAAGCUAAGGAGCCAGCCUUGGCUUGCCGAGCGCAUAGGAAAUGCUAUUUCACAGCGCCGAGAGUACAUACGAUUCCGGCAGCGACACAAGGAACCGAAGCUCAAACCACAGUCACAGCUCGGGGCUAACGCCCAGGAGAAGGAGGCGGCGUCUAUGAAGGCAACUACGUACAAUGAAGCUGAAGAUGAGAGUGACGUGACUCUCAGACAAGUCCUAGACGAUUCAGGUCGCAGCACCCGGACGAACGCCACCUCUUUCGUGACAAUCAACAAUGACGACGGGACGGUAGAAGUCCGCGUGCCAGAUCUUGAGCGCCUCAAGUUCAAGAAUAUUUGGCUGAAAUACGACGAGUUUAUUGAGUGUCCGUUCUGUCGAACGAUCCAGAAGUUGCGCAAUGAUUGGGAAUGGAGGCACGUCUCAACGAUUCUUCAGCAACCCUAUCUCAUGUGGCUAACUCAUCUCGUUCUAGACGCCACGUCUUCAAUGACCUCCAACCCUACAUUUGCACGUUCGAGGAUUGCUCCUCGGGUAGCUUUAAAGCGCGUCACGACUGGUUUCGGCACGAGAUGGACUGUCACCGACGCGAGUGGCACUGCCUGA